AUGUAUUUUAGCAAAAGCUCUAGUUCAAGUUCUUCUGAUGGAUAUGGUGACCAUUAUAAAGAAUUUGAUAAUAUAGUAGAUGAAUUUGCAAGAAAUUAUUUACCAGCUUAUUUCUUCCUACAACCUACUACACCACAACCCUUAAAUCGAAAUGUAAAUGAGGGUGUCGAGGAAGAAGUUAGGGGAGAUAGAAAGAGGGAGGAGGGCCAUAAUCAAUUGUUUCGAAUGAAUAGACCGUUGUUCAAUCGCAUUAUGAACACGGUGGUUGAAACCGACAAGUUUUUCAAGCAGCGAAGAGAUGCUACAGGAAGGCUUGGGUUAUCACCAUUACAGAAAUGUACAGCUACAAUAAGAAUGUUGGCAUAUAGUUUGGCACCAGAUGCUGUCGAUGAAUAUGUACGCAUGGGUCAAACAACUGCACGACGUUCAUUGCACCAUUUUUGUGAAGGGGUAAAUAAUAAUUUUCAAGAUGAGUAUCUCAGAACUCCAACGGACGAUGACCUAAGGAGGAUCCUUUACCAAAAUGAAAGCAGGGGAUUUCCAAGAAUGAUUGGUAGCAUUGAUUACAUGCACUGGGUGUGGAAGAACUGCCCUAUGGCAUGGAAAGCCCAGUAUUCUGGGCGAAAUAAGAACGCAACCCUAGAUCGGGCACCGCCAAUAAAUUUUUCAGUGAACGGUCACGAAUACAACUUAGGUUACUAUCUAACAGAUGGUAUCUACCCAGAUUGGGAAACAUUUAUCCAAGGAUUUAGCCACCCACAAAUUCAGAAACACAAGUUGUUUGCUGAUAAACAAGCAGCAGCUCGAAAGGAUGUUGAACGUGCAUUCGGAGUUUUGCAAGCAAGAUUUGCAAUACUACGACAACCAUCACUUGCUUACGAUGAAGAUAUUUUGUCUGACAUUAUGAAAGCUUGCAUCAUAAUGCACAACAUGAUAGUCGAGGAUGAACGACAUCACUACAUUCGAGCUGAUGUUUUGAGAAAAUUCUAUGAAGAAGAUCAACCACAACGUAGAAGCACUAGUGCCGGAACAAGCAGAAGUGCACCGGCGAACAACGAUGAGCCUUUUCAAUUCAAUACUGGACAACCAGAAAACAUUGAUAUUGACACUUAUUUGGGAAGAAGGAAUGCUUUACGUGAUAAGGGCACACAUGAAUCGCUUAAAUAUGACCUUAUCGAGCAUAUUUGGCAAAAAUUUGGUCCCGAGAAUCAAUAA